AGGAAAAAACACGUGUACAAACAAAAGCCAUUACUCUUGCGUCAUCAAACUUACAAGUUCUUGAAAAGCCGACGAGAUAAUCAUUCAGGUUCUCACUCUUUCCCUGCAAAAAUAAAGUCUUUUCGAAUUCUUGAAAGUUUAUUCUCACUUUUAUAACACCUAAUAGAAAAUGGCUUUGCAUUUUAGUAGUGCAUGUUUGUGUUCUUUAAGCCAGAGGAGAGUUCAGAAAAUCAGAGCAGUAGCUUCUGAGAGCAGCGUUACAGUAAACAAAGAAGUAGAUAAGGUGAAGCUUGGUGGUUCUGAUUUGAAAGUUACAAAGCUUGGAAUUGGAGCUUGGUCUUGGGGUGAUACCAGCUACUGGAACAACUUUGAAUGGGAUGAUAGGAAGUUGAAGGCUGCAAAGGCUGCUUUUGAUGCCAGCAUUGAUUGUGGAUUAACAUUCAUUGAUACUGCUGAGGUUUAUGGUUCAAAGUUCUCAUUUGGUGCGAUAAAUUCUGAGACACUACUAGGAAGAUUCAUCAAGGAAAGAAAAGAACGUGAUCCAGAGGUGGAGGUUGCUGUUGCAACUAAAUUUGCUGCAUUACCAUGGAGGCUUGGCCGUCAAAGUGUCCUAGCGGCCCUAAAAGAUUCUCUUGCACGUCUGGAACUUUCUUCAGUUGAUCUUUAUCAACUUCACUGGCCAGGAAUAUGGGGAAAUGAAGGUUAUAUUGACGGUUUAGGAGAUGCAGUGGAGCAGGGCCUUGUAAAAGCUGUGGGAGUAUCUAACUAUAGUGAAAAGCGUCUUCGCAAUGCAUACGAGCAGCUGAAGAAGAGAGGUAUCCCGCUAGCUUCAAAUCAAGUGAAUUAUAGUCUGAUAUACAGGUUGCCAGAGCAAAAUGGUGUAAAGGCUGCCUGUGAUGAACUGGGAGUCACAUUGAUUGCAUAUUCACCCCUUGCUCAAGGAACUCUGACCGGAAAAUAUACUCCAGAAAAUCCUCCUACUGGCCCUCGAGGACAGCUCUAUACCCCUGAAUAUCUAACCAAAUUACAGCCGCUCAUAAAUAGAAUAAAAGAGAUAGGAGAAAGCUACAGUAAGACUUCGACGCAGGUGGUCCUGAAUUGGUUGAUUGCACAAGAAAAUGUUGUUCCCAUUCCAGGAGCCAAACAUGCAGAGCAAGCUAAAGAAUUUGCUGGUGCAUUAGGUUGGAGACUCACUCAACAAGAAGUCGACGAGCUUCGAUCUUUGGCAUCAGAUGUAAAACCUGUUAUAGGUUUCCCUGUUGAAAAGUUAUAAGCUGACAAGAUAUCAUUUUUACGAUAAUAUUUAUAGAAAAUGUGAUUAAGGAAGUCUUGGAAAUGUUACCAGUGCUGAGUCCUUGAAGGCUUAAACAAUAUUCUUUGGAAAAAGGUUAUAAUGAACCCAAAAAGAAUUCAUUUUUCUUCUCUAAGAGAAAGAGAAAAGGAGAUAGAACAAGAAUAUCUCACUAUCUUCUAUUAUAGACCGGAAUGGUUGCGAAGAAGAAAAAGUUAUUUGUUGGAUUCUA